GCGCACGCAUCGCGUCCGUGCACCGACGCCGCCGCACGCACGCAAAGCAUAAGCGAGCAGCAAAGGAUCCAAUUCGCCGACGCCGGCGGAAAUGGCCGUCGUCACCGCCGCGGGCGCCGUGACCGUGGCCGCCUGCGCGGCGGCGGCCGUUCUGGCCCUCACGUCGCCGUCGUCGUCGUACGACGAGGCGCGGAGGGGCGGCGCCACUGUGGCGGAGGCGGGGGACGCGGUUUUGCAGCCGGCCCGGUCGCGCGAGUGCGCGGUGUGCCUGUCCGAGCUGCCGGCUGGAGCGGCGGAGGAGCGCUCCGGCCCCGACGGGCCGGCGGUGCGGGCGCUGCCGGCGUGCGGCCACGCGUUCCACGCGGACUGCAUUGGCAGGUGGCUGCCGCUGCGCCCCGAGUGCCCGCUCUGCCGCCGCCCCGUGCUGCUCGCUGACGGACAACAAGCUGCCGCGAGGCCCGCUGCGGCAUUGGCGACGGCGGCGGCGCCUGCUUGGGCGCGGCCGGCGAGGAUUGCGUGCGGCUUCGGCGACGGGAGGGUGGUGUGGACGCGCAGUCCGUCCGCCAGGCAGUAACAAAGCAGUCUGACUAGGCUUUUGGAUUGAUUUCGGCAAAUUUGUUUGUGGUUUGCACAUUCGGAUUUAAUUAAAGUUGUUCUACCAAGGACAUUAUUAUACUAGGCUAAUUGCCAGGUGGGAUGAAGAAACAAAACACCUACAGAUUAGUGUACGUCUAUUUGUUUUUUUAGUAUAUGUGUAUUGUUAGUUGGUGGUUGUGAAAGUAAACUUUUGUAGGAUCCUUCUCAUUUUGAAAGGCGCAGUUCGUUAGGAUGAUUAUAAGGUCAUUUAAUGCGUGCUGGUACAAUGUAAGAAACGUGGUCCGACAGGUGGUAGUUUGUGAUUUUGAUGAUUGAGUGAUACCAUAUUUAUUGGGACUAAUAAUUUCUCAAGAGUGUACCUUAUAGGUUUU